GAGGAUGUGAAACCAGCGAGGCUCUGCGGAGACCACUGAGGCUAGCUCCACAAUCAUAGCCAUAAUAGUAGCAACGACAAUAAUAAUGGUGGUGGCGGAGGAGCGGAGGAUGAUCGAAGCUGCCUCUCUAGACCGUGCCCUGAGCUACACAGGCAGAAAGCAUAAGCCCAGCAAAGGGGAGACUUUGGGAGAAGCUCAGCAGUGACAGCCGAGCGACGAUACAGAGCAACAGCAAAGCAGCAGCAGCAGCAGCAGCCUCUGCCCAGUUCUCAUACAGCGAACGGGAGGAGCAUGGCAAGGAUGAGAGAAGGAAAUCCUGCGAAUGUCAUUGGGAGUGGAAGGGGGGGCGGAGGUGCCACUCUGCCGCUGGUGGUGAAAAGGCAUUCAGGAACAGGCAGCCUUUGUGGGGGCAGCGGGGGCAGAUCUCAUCGCAGACAAAACCACCACCACACUACAAAGGACCAAGACCAGCCAAUGUCAUCAGCCAUCGAAAGAAAAAGCCUCGAGCCCUCCGAGGAGCCUGUGGAUGAGGUACUCCAAAUACCUCCAUCCUUAUUAACAUGUGGAGGCUGCCAACAGAACAUUGGGGACCGUUACUUCCUCAAAGCCAUUGAUCAGUACUGGCACGAAGACUGCCUUAGCUGUGACUUAUGUGGCUGCAGACUUGGAGAGGUGGGAAGACGGCUGUAUUAUAAAUUGGGAAGAAAACUAUGUCGAAGAGACUAUCUCAGGCUUUUUGGCCAAGAUGGCCUCUGUGCUUCCUGUGACAAGCGAAUCCGGGCCUACGAGAUGACCAUGAGAGUGAAGGACAAAGUGUACCACCUGGAAUGCUUCAAAUGUGCUGCUUGCCAGAAACACUUUUGUGUUGGUGACAGAUACCUUCUCAUCAACUCAGACAUAGUGUGUGAGCAGGACAUCUAUGAGUGGACUAAGAUCAAUGGGAUGAUAUAGCCCAUUUGUGCCUCAUAGUCUCCAAAAUUAAUCUCAUGGGUGACACAAAUACCUAGCAAUGGUGAGGAGAUUAUCGCUCACAACAUCUAUGUGAUUGUCUAAGAUAGAGGAAAUGUCGCUGAAUUCACAGGCCAGCGCUGCAUCAUGUAUAAAUGGUGACUGGGGACGGAAACUGUAGCAGAUAGAUGGAUUUCUAUUAGCAAAUAUGUUUUGAUGAUAAACUAACAUUCUCAAAGGGGAUGAUGAAAGCAGAGGAACUAAUAUAAAAAUAACCAUGGACUCUCCUGACUGGAGAAUUCAGUAGUGACAUGUAAAAAGAAAGAUAAUAUGGUUCUGACAUUUGCAGACUAGGUUUAUGUAAUUUAUUUUUCUUUGCUACAUUUCUAGUUAUUCUACAUAGACUGUAAUUCCAAAGUUAGUACAAGACAGAACAAUGUGGAGCAGGGGAGGGGAAGACUCCAAUUAUUCAGAGUAAUUUGAUUCUCCAAAGCCUUAUGUUUUGGAUGUGGAAAGAGGGGCUUCUCUGUUGCAGGAAAAUUACCUCUUGACAUAUGACAUGAAAAUUAUAACCUUUGCCUGCAAUUCUGCAGCAAUUUACAUGCACUUAGUUACAUUUGCUUAAGUCCUUAGAAAUCACAGAAACUUAUAGGCAUUUAACAUGGUUCAGGACUGCAGCCUUAAAUGUGAAACAACUAUUUCAAUAAAUUUGAAUGAAUAGCUACCUUUUGGUGCCAUUGUUUGAAGGUGAGAAAUUUCACCUCUCAUUUCUAUACAAAUAUAAAUUUAAAGAGUUAUUCAGCUAUUUUAUUAACUUAGACAAUGACAAUAAAUAAUUUGUUGUAUGUAGUAUAAUCUUGCAGAUUUAAUAAAAAUUACCAAUUUAAAA